CCACUGCUUGACUGCUUUUGCCUUUGCCAUCAUCGGCAACCCAAGGACCGGUAGCCUCUCAUAUCUAUCACCACAUUCAAAGGAUGGAUAACCUAAAGAAAGAAAAAUCCAAGAUGCCACAUGAAGAAGAAAGCAAAAAGGAAGAAGAAAGGGCUCAACAGACAAGUAAGGCCAGAAGGACUCUUGCAAAGUUCUCAAAACAAGAACGGAGAGACCUCAAGAAAGAUCUUGACGAUCCAGAUUUCAAUGAAAAUAUCUGGGACUUCAUCGACAACCUUCCUUUGACCCACUACCCAAAUCCCGAAAGUGAUACAGAGUCCCUUGUGUCACUCAACACAUGGAAGAGGGAAACCAAAGAACUGUUAGAUGAAGAAGACUCUGACGAAGAGGAAUCCUUCUCAGUGGAUGGACCAAGCUGCAAGAAGGAAGGAGAGAAGUGAUCUCCUUCCUGUAAAUGAACACAAGUUCUUUUAUUAUGUCUAAAUGUAAUAAGUGUUCAUUUUC